AACUGCAUGCUUUUUACAUUUUAUCUUUUAUUAUUUUCUUAUAAUCUCUACAGCUCAUCUGAACAAGCUUCCUAUGAAAGAUUGCAAUCUGGCUUCCUCAGGAAGACAAAGCCUCGGCCGGAAAGAGGAUGUCACCAUGUUGUACUUUUUCUUUUGUAUACAUUUAAAAUUCAAUUUUCAAAUUUGUAGCUACAUUUGAGACUAUUGCUUAUCAUAUGUUUAUGUUUAUGUUCCUUCCAUAUAUUCUGCUAAUCCUGCUUUAAUCACACUGCUCUUCUUCAAAGAUCAAAAAACAAGAAUGUCCAAUGAAGGCAGCUCCGAUAAAUCUUGGCGGCUGUUUACAUCUGAAGAUAUGAUACAAGGUUAUAAACCAAAGUCUGUUAGGAAACGAAAAACCAGUGCUGAGAAAGGGAAUAUAUCAGGAAAUUCAUCUAAAAGGUUUACUUACCCACGCAAUCCGUUGACACCUACAGCUGCCCAUUCAGUUAUCUCAAAAUGCACACAGACUUUUACAGAAUCUAGCCUUUCACCUCCAGGUUCGAGCAAUAUUAGUUCUGCUUAUAGAAGACCGGACAAUUCAGUUGCACCUUCAAGAACUCCACUCUGUAACAUUACUAAUCGGAUGGAAUAUAAUACAAAUAAACCUGGAAAACCAUUUUCUGGAACUCCUAAGUCUAAAUUUCAAGACACCAGUAGGAUUUUGUUUGUAGAUGAAAAUUCUCCUCUUUUGGAAGCAAAGAAGCGUUUACAAGACGAUUAUAUAGGGUUGAGGAACAAUAGUGCUGCUGACACAACUCCAGACAAUGCAGUUGCAGCUUCAAGAACUCCACUCUCUAACAUUACUAAUUUGGUGGAAGAGAACAAUAUAAAUCCUGGAAAACCAGUUUGUUGUACUGCUAAAUCCAAAUAUCAGGACACUACAAGGACUCUGUUUGGAAAUGAAAAUUCUCCUCCUUUCGAGGCAAACAAGCACCUUCAGGACGAUGAGAUAGGUUUCGAAAAGAUUUUAAACCGUCAUACUUUAUUUCUUAUUUCAAGCUUUAAAAUUUUACUCAGUUUUCCGUUAGUAAUGUAUUAUUUUUUUCUCAUUCCAGAGUGCUCCACAAUAGCAAAUCUUGUUUUCUCUGAAUCUUCAGACAAUGAUGACCUUUGUGAUUCGAGUAACGACGAAGACUACAGGCCUGGAGUGGACUUUGAUUCCGAUAGUGAUUCUGAACAAAGGAUGAAUUCGACGAUUUCAAGACCAGUACCUGCAGAAUAUGUCAGCCUUGGUAGUCCAGAAGCAAUAUGUUCAAAAUGCAAUGCCCGACUGUGGAAGGAGGAACGUACUAACAAGAAUGUCACUAAAGGACUUCCAAUAUUCUCAAUAUGUUGCAGGAAGGGUGAUGUAACGCUCCCACCAACUCCGCCGACUCCUUCGUACUUAAAGCAGUUAUAUUCGAAUAAAGAAACUGGACCUGAAUUCCAACGCAGCAUUAGGCUGUAUAAUGCCAUGUUUGCUUUCACCUCCAGUGGUGGCAAAGUUGAUCAUUCUAUCAACAAUGGUCGUGGUCCUUAUGUUUACAGACUCAAUGGGCAGAACCACCAUGUGUUUGGUCAGUUAAUACCAGAUGAUGGGAAAGAGCCGGCAUAUUGUCAACUGUAUAUAUAUGAUACAGCUAAUGAAGUCAAUAAUCGCUUACGCUGGGUAAAUGUUGAAGAUCAACAAACUGUUGACACAGAUGUUAUUCAAGGCCUUAUUCAAAUGUUAGAUGAGACGAACGAAUUGGUUGCAAAGUUCCGUAUGGCACGAGAUCGCUGGGAAGCAAAAGAUUUGGUUGACCUUAAAGUUGAGCUUAAAGCCAACUCCAACUUUCUGCCUUCCUCAUUUCAGUAAAAUUUAUUUCGAUUUCAAAGCCCUGCAACGCGGGCAUCAAUACUAGUCAUAUAUAUUAACAUGUUCCAUCAGCUAAUUAUUUUCAUAUA